CACUUAUCGAGUCGCCACAAAUGGAAAACUGAACUAAAAAUCAUUUAUUAACUCAACACACAAGGUGCUUGACGACGAGCUGAGGGAAUUCUAGCCGGCUGAGAGAAGCGAAAGAAAGUCCAAAUUCCGUCUACAAAAAUCAGUAACUUUCAAACAAUUAAUUUGAAAUCGUCAACUUAUGGAGGUCAAUAGCACCAAGCCCAGUAAAGAAGUAUAUGUUUGCCAGGAACGAUUAUCCUUUGUAUUCCUCGUCAUUGGCACAGUGGUCAUCUCUCUAAUGAUGUUCAUCGGUGCUGCAGGAAACUAUCUUGUGUGCUUUUCUAUGUUCAAGUUCUCGUAUUUAAAACGUACGUUGUCCAAUUACCUCAUCUUCAGCUUGGCCGUAUCAGACUUGAUGGUGUGCGUGUCUGUUCUACCGCUUGAUAUCAUUUACUGGCUCAAUUUCCCUCAUUGGACACUAGGCGGCUACGCCUGCAACGCAUGGAACUCUUUGUUCUAUACAUUUCUGACAGCGUCUGUCAUGAAUCUACUGAUAAUAAGUGGAGAUCGUUUUAUAGCUAUAGUGUAUCCUCUUUACUAUCAUACUUGGGUUACAUUCAAAGUAGUUAAUAUCGCUAUCAUGAGCGUCUGGUUCUACGCUGUAGCGACUGGAGUUGCGUUAUUUUUAUUACUGGUUCCUCCAGAUGGAGAACACUACUCCUUCAACUUGGGCCAAUCGGAAUGGUUUAAACAAUUUCUACUGAUCGUUAAUGUGUUGGCACCGUUCGUAAUCAUGACUGGAUUGUAUUUAAAGAUAUAUGCGAUUGCACGACAUCACGCGCAACGUAUCAACUCUUCUCUAUCUAUUAAUAGUGAUGAUUCUAGCAAAACUUUCCGGGACACCAUCAUUCGUGAAGUGCGCCUUGCAAAAGCUCUUGGAAUCAUCAUUCUCUGUUUUGUACUGUGUUGGCUUCCCUACCAAAUCGUCAGUUUUCUAACCUUAGAUGAAAUUAUCAUAGAGGACUGUAAUGUUGAGAUUGCCGAUACAGUCACGUGUUGGUUUGCGUACUUGAAUUCAGCGGUCAACCCGGUACUCUAUGCUUACACUCACAGGGAUUUCAAACGAGCUUUGCGCUCGCUUCUUUGUCGAAGGAUGACGGAUAACGAUGAUGAUCUUCGCACACGCUCACGAUCGAGAUCGCGCACGUCCACGUUGGAUCAGAGGCGUUGCACCCCGCCACAACAGGACACACAUAAUAAUAGCACAAAACUAUGAACUCUGAAGACGUCUUGGGUUUUGAGAAAAGUCAGGUCAGAUUUCAUAGUAUCAGUAGCAAAUGUGAAUGGAUUAUAUGGCUCCUCGUCCAUAUGAGGGCAAGAAUUUUACUUGCCUCUCCAUUCCCGUUAGGCAGGGAACCAUAGGAAAAUCGGUCUCUGCACGCCGUGACAAGUACCUUAGGCCUAGGGCAAACGUCGAACUUUCCAUGCACCGAACUUAAAUACAUCAAAGAA